AUGUCCCAGAAGGCCUGUGACCCCUGUUCGAGCAUUAAGCAAAGAUGCGACGGUUCAUCCCCGUGUGUCAGAUGCAAUAGACUCGGCAUCGAGUGCGCGUACGAUCGCACCUCCAGCAGGACUGUGACCGAUAGCACGCGGUAUAGGGCCAUCACCAUCCGGAGGGUGCGCACUGGAUGCGCUUCUUGCAAGAAGCGAAAGAAGAAAUGUGACCUUCAGAAACCAAAGUGCUCGGACUGUCGACGGCUGAACUUGCCAUGUGUGCUGGCUGCCAGCUCACCUUCCGAAAAGGACUCGCGUUCAUCGUUAACAGCAGAUGUGCGGCGCGAUUGUCAAUCCUCGGAAUGCCCUGAAGUUCGGAGUGAGUACCCGGGCCAGCCACCGGCGCAGCAAGUCGAACUCGUUAUUAGAAAUGACCAAGGCAGUACACCACAAGGUAUACAGCCUCCCAGUACACACCCAUACAGCUGGCUGGAUCCGGACAUCGUACCAGGAUCUGGACCAGAUGACAAUGCUUCCAAUUGGAACUACGAAGAGGACCCCAUGACAUCGAUGGCGUCUAUAGCCAUCGACAUGGCUUCGAUGGAAGAGAUCGUGCUCUCGCCUACGAGGACAGAGGCAGUGGCUCCUUCGAGUUACCCGCCAGCUCUAAUUCCUCCGAGACGCGACUCGGUUCCAUUGGUCUUGCAACCUACGUUUAUGGGCACUCCAUUACAGCAACUAUCCAGCCGCGAUGAUAAAUAUCUGUUUCAUCAUUACACCAAUGUUGUAGCUCGCUCGUUGUGCAUUGCUUCACCGCAGGAGACGAACCCCUUUCUGAAGUUGAUAUUGCCUCUCGCCUCACUGUCAGCUCUGAAUAGGUUGAUCGGCGAAGGCCCCAAAUCCAAGUCAAGCAACCCCUUCGACACGGAACUCCUCGCCCUUGCGGCCAUUCUGCUCUUCUGCAUUAUUGACAUUAGGCAGGGGAUCUCCACGAACUGGCUGUGGCACAUCACCGCGGCCAAGAAUCUGAUAUCCUGCCGGACAAACUCGACCUCGAGUCUCGGGCCGUCCUCAGAUCCGUGGCCCUUCCUCCUCGACCUCUUCGAAUACGUCGAUUCCAUCAUCACCAUCAGCAAGUGCAAGCCGCCGCUGAUCGAGCACGCCAAACACACUCCGGACGUGGGACCGAGGAACCUGCUGCUGAACCCCAUCUUCGGGGUCGCCCGCCCGCUGAUCCGGUUCAUCGGCCAGAUCUCCGCGCUCAGCAAUAGGCGCAAGUACCGUGUCAACGCCCGGUUCGAGGAGAAGUUCCGCGAGUCGGCAGCGGUGAUCAACCAGAACCUCCGGGCUUGGGAGCCGGAGCCCCGCCUGCCGUCGGUGAUCCUGUCGAUCCGCGACGCGGACCUGUGCAGCGCGAUCCACUGCGCGUACGCGAUCAAGUACGCCAGCAUACUGCGGCUGCACCAGGUCGUCGAGGGCUACAAGCUGCCCAACCCGACAUCCACCGAGUGCUGCCGCAACAUCCUGAGCCACGUGCAGCAGAUCCCCAUCGGCAGCCCGGCGGAGAGCUCCCUCGUGUUCCCGCUGUUCAUGGCGGGCGCCGUCAGCGUCGAGCAGGAGGACCGCAUGACUGUCGGCUGUCGUUGGGCCAUCAUUGGGCGGACUAUAGGGUUUGGCAACGUGGCGAAGGGCAGGAUUGUGCUUGAUAUGGUCUGGAAGGCCAUGGAUGAGGAUCUGAGCAAGGCGAGGGAGAGGGGCGAAGAGGAGACGACGGAGGCCAACUGGGCGAAGAUCAGGUGGAACCACUUCUCUGAACUGGUAUUGUUCUAG